ACUGCACAAGACGAGAAAAAAUAUAUAUAUUUUCAAUCUCUUCAUUAUCAGUUUAGGAUGAGUAAUAGCGCAGCCCUUUAGACGAGUUUGACCCUCGGAUUGAGGCUAUUAGUAUUUUCAAAACCAUUAAGGAUUUACCUGCAGAAGAAAAUGCGCCUAUCAAUAAGACUGGUCGUAUUUCUGGCGUUGGUGUGGAUGUUUAAUAUCGCCAUUUGCGCCAAAAAGUCAGGCGUCCGAAAGUCGGAGAGGUUGAGUCCACCACUGGAUAUUCAGCUGGAGACAGUGAACUGCACUGCGUUCAGUGUCCGAUGGAAAAUGCCCCGUAGGCAUGUCAGUACCAUCACUGGCUAUAAGGUAUUUUACUCCGAGAUGAGGAAUAAUCCCCCGGCCAGCACUGCUGUCAUCCUGGAAGUGCCAUUGAGUCUGGAAAUGCUCACAACUGGGCAGUUUGAUGGACAAGCAAACUUUGACGUGGUGAUAGGGAACCUUAAGGUGGCCACGCUGUACCGUGUUAGUGUGGGGGCGUACGGCUGGGCUGGGGAGGGCAGACCCAGUAUGCCCAGGGACAUCAGCACUGCCUCUCACGAGAAGUGCAUGACUCCUUCACCCCCUACCCAGCCUAACGUGGCCGCCGUGUCGGACACAGAACUGGCGUUGUCAUGGCAACACGGCGAGAGUGAAGGAAGUGCACCUGUGCAAUACUUCCUGGUGGCGUAUAUCAGGCCAGAGAUGGACACAGAGUGGACGUACAUCAGAGAGCCAGUGGAGGCGAAUUCGAUGGUGCUCAAAGGUCUGAUGCCUGAUACGGAGUACCAGUUUGUCAUCAGAGCUGUAAAUGUGCACGGAAUCAGCCCUCCCAGUCCCAUUAACAACCCUGUGCGCACACUCGGUCCUUUGGAUAUGGGCAGUGGAGACUAUGAUAUCUACAUCUCAAAUUCUAACACUAAAGAUGAAGAUGGUUUUGAAAUCGAUGACUCAGAUUAUGACAUCUUCAUUGAGGAGAUGAAGUCAUUUCCUGACGUUAAGGAAAGCGUCAGGCGGUCUCAGCUCCGGUCUCGCAUCGGGACUCCUGGUAACGGAAACGUUAUUUACAGGAUGCGUACACCUGCUUCCAGAAAUAUCAACUUCACUACAACAACAACAGCAGCAGCAGCACCGUGGACCACAUCAACAACACCAAUAACCACAACAACGGUCACUAGCUCCACCUCCAUUACAACGACCAUGCCUAUAAUGCGGACAAGCUCCGCCCGUACUACUAUAGUCCCAUCUCCUUUAAUGCCAUCUCCCAGUCCGUCAAUGACGCCAUGGAAAGGGGAAAGACCACGGGUCUAUGAUGUGUCAUGUGAUGAGGCCGUUUGCCCUGCUGACAGCUUCUGCAUUAACGAUUAUGAUAAUGGCGGCUCUCGAUGCCACUGCAACCUCGGUCGGCAAGGAGACUUCUGCACAGAAGGUCUGACGGUAAAUUUCCCAAAGUUCUACGGCUACUCUCACAUGACAUUUGAGCCCCUUAAGAACUCCUACCAGAGUUUCCAGAUCAGCCUGGAGUUUAAGGCCGAGGCGGAGGAUGGAUUGCUGUUAUACUGUGGAGAGAAUGAAAACGGUAGAGGAGAUUUCACCUCGCUGGCUCUUGUACGGAGAAAACUACACUACAGGUUUAACUGUGGUACGGGGGCGGCACAGAUUGUGAGUGACAGCUCCAUUGUGAUUGGUCAAUGGCACACUGUCACAAUAUUUAGAGACGGCAUGAAUGGUUGGCUACGAAUAGACAAUGACACUCCUGUAUCAGGGCGUUCUCAGGGCCAGUACACUAAAAUAACAUUCCGCACUCCUUUAUUCUUGGGUGGAGCUCCAAAUGCCUAUUGGUUGGUGAGGGCAGUGGGGACCAAUCGCGGGUUUCCUGGGUGUGUCCAGAGUCUGACCGUCAACAGUAAAGCCAUUGACCUCCGACCCUGGCCUAAAGGAAAUGCAUUGAGCGGCGCAGACAUUGGCGAGUGCAGUAACAGUGUUUGCGAGCAGGUCACAUGUGCCAAUGGAGGAAUCUGCUUUGCCAAUCGGGCGGAUGGGUUCAUCUGCUUGUGUCCUCUGGGCUAUAAGGGUGUCCUCUGUGAGGAAAGUUUUCUGUUGUCUCUACCACAGUUUAAUGAAAGCAUGUAUUCUUACGCCAGUGCCCCCUGGCCUCAGCCGUCCCAUAACUACCUCUCCUUCAUGGAGUUUGAGAUUACCUUCCAGCCCACCAAUCCCGAUGGCACGCUGCUCUACACCGAUGACGCAGCCAGUCGCGACUUCCUGUCAAUCAUCCUGGUGGGCGGAUAUGUGGAGUUUCGAUUUGACUGCGGCUCUGGUGCCACAGUUAUCAGGAGUGAUGACGCUGUCACUAUGGAUACAUGGCAUGAGUUACGUGUGUCUCGUACAGCAAAAAAUGGCAUUCUACAGGUUGACAACCAGAGGCCAGUGGAAGGCAUGGCAGAGGGAGCAUUCACACAGAUAAAGUGUAGUUCUCCACUCUAUAUCGGAGGUGUUCCUAAUUAUGAUAUUACUAAGACUAGUGCUGGUAUCCUGACACCCUUCAGUGGAACUGUACAGAAGAUUUCACUGAAUGACCGCACUAUAGAGCUGAAUCCAGGUCAGGCUUUCGGGGUGAACGUGUUAAACGCAGCUCACCCGUGUGUGCAGAACCCAUGUGCCAAUGGAGGAACAUGCAGACCGAAAUGGGACAGCUACGACUGCGACUGCGCAUUGGGGUAUGAUGGGAAGCACUGUCAAAAAGAGUGUGGGAAUUAUUGCUUAAACACUGUCACUGAAUCUAUUGAGAUUCCUCAGUUCACUGGACGCAGCUAUCUGACCUAUGACAACAGAGAUAUUCUCAAAAGGGUAUCGGGGUCCAGGACAAACAUGUUCAUGCGUUUUAAGAGCACGUCCAAUGAUGGUCUUUUACUAUGGCGAGGGGAAAGUCCAAUGAGAGCCAACAGUGACUACCUGUCUCUGGGCCUUCAAGAUGGAGCACUCAUUUUCAGUUAUAAUCUUGGUAGUGGAGCUGCCAAUGUGGUCCUUAAUGGAACCUUUAGUGACGGCAGGUGGCACAGAGUAAAAGCUGUCAGGGAUGGACAAUCUGGUAAACUCACCGCUGAUGAUUAUGGAGCUAAAACAGCCAGAUCUCCCGGGAAAAUGAGACAGUUAAACAUUAACGGAGACCUUUACGUCGGUGGGAUGAAGGAGAUCGCGCUGCACACAAACAGGCAGUACAUGCGUGGUUUAGUGGGAUGCAUUUCACAUUUCACUCUGGCCACUGACUACCAUCUGUCUCUGGUGGAUGAUGCAGCUGAUGGCAAAAAUAUCAACACCUGCACCAACUGAACACCUGCGACUAAACAUCAGCAAAAGAUGGCAACAAUUCAUCUUGAAUGUAAAAUUCAAGCAACAAAUUCACCUCGAAUUGACCACUGCAGCCAAAACCCUUAAUGCACAUUAACCUGUUAAAAAGAAAGGGAUACCAUCAAUAAAUGCAUCUACUGUACAAAACCGCUAUACAAAUAUUAAAACCGGUUUAAAAACCACCUAAAAUUAGACAAAAGAAAAACACUAGCAUCUGCAAUAACAGUGAAGCAGUCAUAGCUGAGGCCAUUUUUGUUUUUUAGCCUCAGCCUUGUCAGUUAAUAGCCCAAAUGCCAAAUCGUUUGCUGAACCAACUCGGUGGGCACUGAGGCUGGUUAAGCUUACAGUAUCAUUCUCAUUACAGGUAAGACAAGGAGACUUAGAACUCAUUUAAGACUCAUUUUGAAGCAUAAAAAACUGAUUAAAAACCACAACCUGGCUCCAUAUCAGUCAGGCUGGUCCUCAUACUGGCCUCUUCAGGAAGGCAAUGUUGAUGGGCAACUGUAUUCAUGUUUCUUUUGUUGUUAUAUCAGUAUUUAGACUGUUAAAUUUAUAGAUUAAAAUGAUUUCUGACUAAUUGAGGCUUCAGACGAGAAUGCAAGUUUUCUUGUCAUGGGCAGCCCAUCAAGCUGUCAAUUCACAGUACUGUCAUUGCAUAGGUUGGUUGUUGUAGAAAAUGUAGUAAAUGUCUUUCUCUGUUGAAGUAAUCUUUGCACUGUGAGGUUUUUAGGCUGCUAUAGUAGUGGAAGGACAAAGUGAUAUGUUUGUUUUUUUAUUAUUAUUAAUCAGAGGUUUCUCUUUAAUGUCUCAGCCUCUCUUUUCCUUCUAGCUACAAACUUUUAUGAACCCCAAAGACUUUUUUUUAGCUACUGUAGCUCUUUGUUUUUAUUUUUGUUUAGCUUUUAAUUUAUUACGUUUGGGUUUUUUUGCAUGUAAGACAUGGAUGUCUGUAAAAAUGUAUCUCUUAA